AAAAGAAACAAUUAUGAGAAAAGGAUUUAGUGACGAAAUUUGUUUAUACGAAAUGACAACAUUGACCUUCAGAGGAUCUUGGCGGGAAAAACUUUGGAGGUAAGAGUGAAAAAGCAAAAGUCCAGAGUCUUUAACUCCGAGCAAAUCUUCCAUGGAUUCCGAUUCCGAUGGCUCUCACGUAUCCUCAACCCCACCACGCCACCCUCCUCAUCCGUUGCCGUUGCCGUUGCGCCGUGCUCUUCUUUCUACCGCAAAGUCAAGAACUCAAGCCAAAAAAACCUCUAUAACUUCCACAAAAUCUUCCCGCCCAAUUCUAAGACCAAAACCCUCAUCCAAACAACCCAGAAAAAAUCCUCCUUCAAACCCUAAAACCCUAGAAAACCCAAUUCAAAACUCACAAAAUCCCUCCAGUUUACCCUUCCAAAUUCAUAAAAACGACACCGUUUCAAGUGAAGUUCUUCCAAAUUUAACGAAAAAUGCUUCCUGUUCGAAACCCCUAAUUCAAAAUCCACUUUCCCCACCAAAAUUCUCCGAUUUACCUUUUCUAAUCCAUCGUAACGACACCCUUUUGUCCAAUGACAACAGUUCUGGUGAAGUUCUUCCUGCUGGAGGCUUAUGCGUAUCCAAAUUUGCUUCCUUUUCGAAAACCCGAAAAGCCAUUCUCAAUCUUGAGCCUGCUGAAGCUGAUCCUAUUGAACCCCGAUUGGCUCAACAGACUGAAAAGAAGGAAACAGUUGUCAGGAAACAUCCUAAUUUAAUAGGGAGCAUCGUGUCGUCUUCGUUGCCAGCAAAGAAGGUUAAAUGUGUUAAUGAGGGUAACUUUGUAAGGCUCAACAUAAAUGGUUAUGGUAAAAAGUUUGCAUCAAAAUUCAAAAGAAGGAAUUCUAAUUCAUCAAGUGGUAAAAAAAUCUAUAGAAGAUGGAAAAAGAAAGUUGGGGUUGUAGGUAAGGAGGGGGAAGGGGGGAAUGGUUUGUGUGAUGAAGAAGGUUUAGUUGUGGAAGUUAAGGGAAGAGGAGGGGAAAGAUUGGAUUUUGAGACAAAGUUGAUUGAAGAAGCUGUGAUGAGGGUUAGAAAUGAGGCGUCAGAUGAGAAUUUGUUGAGGUUGUUAAAACUGACUUUUGGUUAUGAUUCAUUUAGAGAUGACCAGUUGGAGACAAUCAAGAUGGUGCUUUCGCUUUCAGGGAAAUCUACAAUGUUGGUUUUGCCAACGGGUGCUGGGAAGUCGCUGUGUUAUCAGUUGCCGGCAAUGGUUUUUCAGGGAGUUACAGUUGUUAUUAGCCCUUUGAUUUCUUUAAUGAUUGAUCAGCUAAAGCAGCUGCCUGCUGCUGUGGAGGGUGGUCUUUUGUGUAGCAGCCAGACACCUGAGGAGGUUUUGGAAACUUAUAAGUUACUAGAAGAGGGAUCCAUAAAGGUCCUUUUUGUUUCACCAGAGAGGUUUCUCAAUUCAGAAUUUUUAUCCAUUUUUUGUGACACUCAAAUUUCACUUGUGGUUAUUGAUGAAGCCCACUGUGUUUCUGAAUGGUCACACAACUUUCGGCCUUCAUAUAUGCGGCUUAAAGCAUCAUUACUGCGUGAUAGACUCGGGGCUCAAUGCAUACUUGCAAUGACAGCAACAGCAACUACUAAAACAUUGUAUAGUGUGAUGCAUGCAUUGGAUAUUCCAUCAAGUGAUCUUAUCCAAUNAAAAAAACAAACAAACAAACUGAAAGCUACAAAUUUACUCAAUGAUUUCAGGAUGAAAGAUCUGAUGACCUUGCUGAAGUCUUCCCCCUUUUCAGAGGCUAAAAGCAUCAUCAUUUACUGCAAAUUUCAGUUCGAAACUGAUCUCAUUUGCAAAUAUCUAUGUGACAGUAAUAUCUCGGCAAAGAGUUAUCACAGUGGAAUUUUCGCAAAGGAAAGGAGCCGUACGCAGGAACUGUUUUGUGCAAACAAGAUAAGAGUGGUUGUUGCAACUGUGGCAUUCGGCAUGGGACUGAAUAAGAAGGAUAUUGAAGCUGUAAUACAUUACAGCUUACCAGAAAGCUUGGAAGAGUAUGUCCAGGAGAUUGGUCGUGCUGGACGUGAUGGUAGAAUCUCAUAUUGCCAUCUCUUUUUUGAUGAUGUUUCCUAUUUUAAGACUCGCAGUCUUAUGUACAGUGAUGGUGUCGACGAGUAUGUGGUGAACAAAUUGCUGUGUCAAAUUUUCAGUGGCAGCACGAACUCUGCUGGGAAAAUAUGUUCAUUAGUUAAAGAGUCUGCUAGUCGUAAAUUCGAUAUGAAAGAAGAGGUUAUACUAACGAUCUUAACACAAUUGGAGCUAGGCGAGGUCCAAUACUUGCACCUGCUCCCACAGAUGAGUGUAACAUGCACGUUACACUUUCACCAGACUUCCCCUGCAUUGCUAGCUAUGAAAGAUGCUGUGGUUGCUGCUAUCUUGAAGAACUCUGAGAUCAAAGAUGGGCAGUAUAUAUUUGACAUAACAAGUGUAGCAAACAGCACCAGACUGCAAGUCAAUGACUUGUCAAACCAUUUGCAAACACUGAAGUUGAAGGGGGAAGUUACAUAUGAGCUGAAGGAUCACGCUUAUUGUUAUGUUAUCAUGGAAGUCCCAAAGGAUAUCUGUUCUUUAGCAACAUGGCUUACAAAGUGGUUAUCUGAGGUUGAGAGUUGUAAGGUAAGGAAGAUGGACACGAUGUACGAUGCUGCUGUGUUUGCAGCAGAAGCAUGUGACAAGGUGCAUGGUUGCCUUGGCCGUCAACACACACCUUGCUUGCAAAGGAAGAUUGCAGAGUAUUUUAUAAGUGGUACUGAAGUUGACGUUCCAAAGAAGAUUGGUGGAAGCAGCCCAUUUUUGACAGCUGAUAUAAAGGUAUUUCUACAGUGUAACUCACAUGCCAAGUUUACUCCUAGAGCUAUUGCAAGGAUAUUGCAUGGCAUUGCGAGCCCAGCAUUCCCGUCUUCUUCGUGGUCGAGAACUCACUUCUGGGGAAGGUAUAUGCAAACAGACUUCAAAGCAAUAACGGAAGCAGCAAAGGCAGAGCUCAUGAAUCUUGUGGGGAAGGAUUCUAUUAAGCAAGGUCAUUCCCAGGAUUGAUGUUAUGACACAUUGAGAUUUAACUUAAAAGUGAGUAUGAAUCUACAUAGGUAGCAUCUCUCUGCUAGCACUUUUUAAGUGAUUCACAACAUCAAGAACUUCUGAUCCAGCUUUCCAAAGGCAACUACUUGAAGAGUACAAAAGCUGCCCAUCAACAAUAUCCUGCAGUUGGUGGCAGUUUCCAUUUCACAAUUGAGGCUCUACUUUGAAAGAGCUAAGGAGCAUGGUCCUCAUUUCUAUUAGAACAGAUCCUUUGUUUGCUAUCUAAUGGUAUCUCUUUCAUAAGGAAAGGAUGUACCUCGCAGAUUACCUUCCCAUGCUCAAAGUUGAAGGCUGGUAGAUGUUGAUGGCGAUAGGCGGAUCCAGGAUUUGGGCUUGCUGGAUUUAACCAUUGAAGUUCUUAGCGCUGAACUCAUUAUACUUUUGAAAUUAUGUGUUCAAAAUCUAAUAGUUGGUGAGUUCUUUUGUUGUUUCACAUACACAUAUCUAUGUUCCCUACCGAGAAUACUGGGCCCAGUUGAACGCAUAGCACAAACUCUCCAUCAGCUAAUGGUCUUAAUGGUGAUGAAGUGUACAAACUUCUAUGCAUUGUAUAUAUAGAAAGCGCAGUUCUGGUACAAUAGCAUGCCUUUACUGCUCGAUUCAUCCGUCACAAUGGAAUAUCUAAAGAUGAGAUGUUUCCUAUCAGAUUUGGCUUAAUGAAUUUUCCAUAGUUGGGAGCCACUGCUCAAUGUAAGAUUUCAUGCCAUAGAUUGUUGUUCUUGAAAAACAAGAGCCUUUUUGUUGCAAGCAUUGAGCAAAUGUGCAUUAUUCAGCAGCCCCUAUUCAUGACUUAAAA